AUGGCAGUUCCAGGGGACUGUAGAAUUGGUAUAAAAGAAACAGAGAAGGUAGAAAAGUAUGAGGCGUUGAAAAGGGAAAUUCGGAAAAUAUGGGCAAUGAAAAAAGUAGAAGUCAUUCCAAUAGUAGUAGGUGCCUUAGGAGCAGUUAGUAAUAAACUGUAUAAGUGGAUUGAGAAAUUGGGAAUACAUAUAAGAAUAGAACUUCUACAAAAAACAGCAUU